AUGUCGACAAAUCGACGGGUUGAUCUAGUACAGGUAGAUCCAGCUCUCCGUCGGCGAGCUCGAGACCGCAACCGCGCACGGCGCGUGAACGGUCCACGGCCAGGUCCCAGUGCCGUCCGGCCACGUGCCCGCGACCGUCUCGACACGCGGGUCCACCGAGACAGGCUCCUGCUUUACCACUACUGCCAAUUCGACCUCGACGCGAUGAAGCGGACGAGGGAGCUGGCCGCGCUGGAGGGCCACCUGGAGAGCGAAGACAUCUACGCCGCCGCGUCGUUGCUGCCCCCGAUAGAGGCGACCCGGCAGAGCAUCCAGCGGCUGCAGCGGUACAACCAGUCGGUGUCCCAAUGCUGCAAACGCUUCCACCUGGCCUUCAACGAGAUGCGGUCCCGGACCAUGAACGUCGAGCUUGUCAAGCCGUCUGAUCGGAUCGAACCGCUUCUCAACCUCGACGACAACCUCGAGUUCAUCUCCCCCGAUGAGCGAUACUUUCCGAAGAACGUCGGGCGCUUCUGGAGCUUGCUGGAGCCAAGGCAUCGAUUCCGUCUCAGGUACCUCUUCAGGUUUUACAAGCUCCGGGGCUACAAAAACUGGGCGAUCCAAGCGGCCAGAGCACGGGGCGAGAAUACCGCUGACGUGGAGCCCCUGUCGCUUGAACAGGCCCUGCGGCGCUGGACGAAACGUUGCCUGAGGCUGCUGGGCUUCCACCUCGGGCUCGAAUGGCACGCUAUCUCGGCGGAAAUGACGCGGCUCAAACAGGUGCAGGAGGAGCGGGAGCGGGAAAUGUACCAGAUGGAGCGGCGGCUCGCCGAGGACCUGGACCGGCGGAAGGGCCCGUCGACGACGAGGUACUUCUCGCUGCUCAACCCGCGAUACCAGGGAUCCAGCACCACCCCGCCCCCAGCGUACCGCGAAGCUGCAGACCAGUUCAGACAGGCGCUGGUGACCUCAAGAUCCCGGAUCCGACAACAUCGCGAAGCCAACAGACCACCCACCAGGACGAAUGGAACACGCAGGCCGGUCGCAGCUGCUCGCGCCGCUCACCCCGGAUUCGGACGGGGGUGACAACCAAUACCACCAGUCUGGAUUGGGUCGGGCUGCCGCAAAUUUUUACAUUGGAAUGUUUUCGCGAUGGUUGAAGAUCUCGAGUUGAUAAAUGGAUGUAUAUGUGGGAGAUAACUGCUCUGCAUGCUUUGCCUCCACGGUACUUCGCACUCGUUGGAUUUUGCAGGGAGUGCACCAUUUAAACGUACUACUCAGGAGACGCGGCAAGAUUGGCCCCAGGCUGUAAACCUCGUGUUUACCCCGCGAGACUGCCAACGACAACAUGCCUCGCCAUGAUGUCGAUCAACUGUGAUUCAAUUGCCGAUGGAUCCGAAUUCGAGAUUGUGCGAGCUUUGUCAAAGAGUUUCCUUCGAUAGCUUGCGGUCGGAACAUAGCUUCCAGCAUCAUGAGAAAGCCACCUUCCUGCGUCGCGAGGCCACCAGGGAGAAUGGAUGCCAACUCUGCUCCAUGAUCUGGCGCGCCCUAUCAUUCCUGGGCAGAAACCCGUUGAGCGAAGACCCCGCCAGGCUCCUGCUGAAUCCUUCGGGCAGCCCGGUGGAGAGCUGCUCCGUCUAUUCCAACGAACCCAGUCCCAUGUACGGGGUGAAGAUCCUGUGCGGUCAAGUGGAGGUCCUGGAUUCCCUGCAAUGGCGGGGAGACGCCCCUCAACGAUGGCACGUUUGGCCCGACGGCGACGCGAGCCAGCCCAAGCCACACACUUUUGGCGAAUACGAUUCGAGAUUGUUCGGCAUCAAUGAUGAGUGU